AUGCCGGCGGCGGCGCUCCUGCCCCUGGCGCUCUCCUCCGACGAGGAGGAAAGCAGCUCGUCGUCAUCGGCCGGCUCGCGCGCCGCGUCUCCUGAGCUCCACUUCUCCGAGUCGGACGGCACGGCGUACGAUACGGAUGAUGAGCUGAGCAAGUGGGACUCGCACGAUCAGGCGAAGUGGCAGCGUGUCACGGAGGGCAACGGCGCAGAGUACGAGGUGCAGGAUGUGCUGAGAUGGAGGAGGCAUCCGAAGAGAGGGCACGUGCAGUACAGGAUCAAGUGGCAGGACUAUCCGCCUUACGAGAACACGUGGGAGCCGGAGGAGAACCUGAAGCGCGAGACGCUCGAGGAGUUCUGGGCACGUGAAGGCGGACGACCCGACGACCUGCCGCCUGCAGAGCGCGACGACGACGGCAACGCGCUUCACGAUGCGCCUAGCACGCACACGUCGGACACGGAGAACGAGCAGCACGGCGCGCAGGACCGCAGCGUGCGUCGCGCAGCGCGCAAGCGACGGCGCCUCGACAUCCGGCGCGACAAGAAGCUCCACAAUCGGCUCCUCCAGGAGCGACGUCAGCAGCGCCUCGAACGUGAGGCGCGUCGAGAUGCGAGAGCUGUCGAGAAGCGCAGGCAGGCUGCAAAGGAGCGUCAAGAGGCAGAAGCACGAGAGGAGCGCGAGAAGGCAGAUCGCAUCAAGCAGCAGCGUGCGGCUCUGCAGAAGCGGCCUCUGCCCGUGCCCUCAGCCGGCCGCACGUCGCUCCGCUCUGCGCCCGACGCCGGCGCCCCGAGCGCCACGAGCGCGAGCGCUUCGAGCAGUGCGAGACCUCCCGCCGGCGCCUUGAGCGCCUCCAGCGCCUCGAGCAGUGCGAGAUCUACCGCCGGCACCUCGAGCAGUGCGAGACCUCCUGCCGGCGCCUCCACGAGCGGACCACGACCUCCUGCCGGCGCCUCCACGGGCGGAGCACGACCCACUGCGCCGCCAACAGCAGCAGCAGAGGCAGCGCGCAAGGCCAGCGCCGUCAACACCUUCCUGCCGCCGCCUGCUGCGAAGCCGAAGCCGAAGCCGCACGUUCCGUCUCAGCCGCCGCCUCGGACCGGCGGCUUCACUCUCGGAGACUCCCGCGCCUUUCUGACGCAGGCGACGCCGAGACGAGGACGUGGCGGCGGCGCUGCCGGCUCCGGACGCGGCGGCGGCACUUCCGGCUCGAGCUCGUACCGCGGCGCGCAUCAUGCAGCACGGAAGAUGGUCGUGCUGGACAUGCCUGGGCCGGCACGUCGCGAGGAGCCGCAGGAGUCUCCGCCGCAGACUCCGCAGCUGUCGCUGCCGGAGGACCUUCAGGGCCUGCUGCAUGGGCUGCAGCUACCGCAGCAGCAGCAGCAGCAGCAGCAUGCGCCGCCGCCGUCUGCGCCGUCUGCGCUGCGUCGCUCGCUCUCCGUCUCCGAGAGCAGCGGCAGCGCUGCCAAGCGCGUGCGCAUCUCCGAGACGCCAGACGACGAGCACGACGACGCUCGGCAGCGAGCUCAGUGGCACCAGCAGCAGCCGUACGUCGGCGGCAUCAUGCCUUCAGCCAAUGGCUCGGCCUCUCCGAUGCAGCAGCAACAGGCGCACUUCUACCGCAACGGCUCGUCGAUGCCUGCGCGCCCUCGCUCGCCGCCGCCGAUGCAGCAAGCUGCUCUACACGCCGCCUCGCCGCAGCACUACGUCGCUCCACCGCCGCUCCCUCGAGGCAGCUCACCGCGCGCUGCGCCUCACGCCGCCUCGCCCCUGCACGUCGCCUCGCCCCUGCACGUCGCCUCGCCCCUGCACUACAACCCAGCUGCACGGCCGCCGCUGCCGCGAGGCGCUUCUCCUAGCCCUGCGGCUGGCUCGUCUGCAGCCGGCGCAGCAGCAGCGCCGCGCCUCAAACUACCCCUGCCGCGCUCCACGCCGUCGGCGUCGGCGUCGUCGCGCGCGGCUGAGCCGUGA